AUGGCCGGGAACUUGAGGGAGCUGCAAGAGCUGAGCCUCCGUGGGACACGAGCAGACGACAAGUCUCUUGCGAGCAUCCUUGCAGGUUGUGGCAAACUGGAGCGGUUGGACAUCAGCUGCUGCAUGCUCACUGACAUCUCCUGUGUCGCACAGCUGAAAGAUUUACGCGAGCUCAGGGCAGCGCACUGCCCUGCCGUCACAGAGGAGUUCGUGGGAUCCCUCUGCCGACUUCGACGCCUUGAGGCGGUUGACCUUUCAUAUUCGACGGGUGUCAGCGAUCAGGCACUGGUUCAGAUGGCAGCAGGGUGCAUGAGGCUAACACGUCUUGCACUUGUGCGCUGUCCACGACUCGGCGACGCAGGCCUCCUGGCCAUCACACAAGCCAAUCCAGGUCUGGUGCACCUUCAUCUUGCUCUGAAUCCUGACAAGUUCUCUGACGACAUGACUUCUCAGGCGAUGGUCAAUCUGAAAAGACUGCGUGUUCUAGACCUGACCAAUUGUCCACAGUUAAGCAGACAAUUGCCUUUUGCCAUCGCGAAGCAAUGUGAGUACUUGGAGGAUCUAAGCUUGGCUUCCUGUCCAAUGCUACGAGAUGAUCAUGUCCGGCGCAUCUUGAUCUGCUGCAAGCGGCUGCAGCGGCUGGAUCUAUCAGGCUGCAAGAUUCUUUCUGUGACACCCUUUCUGGAGGUUGUAUCUCAUGCGCACGCACUUCGACGCCUGAACCUUUCGCACAUACCUGCAAUCACAGAUCAGGCCGUGGCUGCCAUCUACAGAGCCUCUAUGGCUGGCGACAGUGGUUUCGAUGCUGCUGCUAUGGCAGCAAACUUGCGUGCCGCAGCUGCAGCAGAAGAUGACGAGGAAGAAGAGGAGGGAAGCGAAGUUGGCAGCGAGGAGUCCGCAGGUGAGGAGGCCAAAUCGAGCCCGGACGUAGGAACAACAGUGGCGGCUGCCGUGCCGGAGCUGCAAACAGGGGUUGGCCUAUUGGAGACCAAGCUUGUCAUCGAUCGUUUCGCACAGCACCGUGCAGGUCCUCACGAUUUCAAGGACGUGAUUCAUGUGUGGCGACAGAAAGGGGCCAAGAAAGGUCGCAAGAAGAAGAAGGGAGCGAAGAAAGGGAAGAAGUAG